AACGAGGCUGCGAAUUCUGUAUCAGUGCUUGGCUGCUGGGCAGAAGGCUUGACCAAGAGCAUCCACAUACCUUUUGGCGAUUUCUUAGCGACGGUUUUAGCUCUGUCGACGUUGCGUCGUUGACUUUCAGUCGUCCCUUCUGCCUUAGGAGGAUGGCUUAUACCGCUCCAACAAUGGCGACUUGGGUACUGAUAUUCACGCUUGGCCUUCUCAGCUCGAGCAUUCCGCGAGCGAGAUGCACCUUCCAUGUGGAGAUGCAGAGCUUAGUAAUCUCAUCCCCCGAAAACAUCAAGGGAGAGUACCAGAGCGCUAUAGCGAAUUUCGGGACCCCUCAAUAUGGGGGAUCCCUUCAGGGGGUGGUGAUUUACCCGGAUAAGGACACGCAACUGUGCAAGAAAUCGUCGCGUAGUAACUACGGCAGGAAAUCGGCGGCUGAGCUCCCGCACAUUCUCCUCAUCGACAGGGGAGGAUGCUACUUCACCGAGAAGGUGUGGAACGCCGAGCUGGCAGGGGCAUCCGCUGUCCUAAUUGCGGACGACCAGAACGAGAAUCUGAUCACCAUGGACUCCCCCGACGACGACCCCGAGGCGAAGCAGGCGGGCGACCUCAUCAGCAACAUCUCCAUCCCCUCCGCUCUCAUCCAGAAGUCCACCGCGACCGCCAUCAAAUCCGCUUUGAAGAAGAAAGAAAUGGUCGUGGCGGCGCUUGAUUGGCGGGAAUCGCUCCCGCAUCCGGACGCGCGGGUGGAGUAUGAGUUCUGGACGAAUAGUAAUGAUGAGUGCGGGACUAAGUGUGACAUGCAGGCGAAGUUCUUAGAGGAGUUCAAGGGGUAUGCGAUCAUUCUGGAGCAGCAGGGGUUUACACUGUUUACGCCGCACUAUAUGACCUGGUUCUGCCCGGAAACUUUGAAGGAGACCCGCCAGUGCAAGUUCCAGUGUGUGAACAACGGCCGGUACUGCUGCCCGGACCCGGAGGGGGAUUUUGACAAGGGGUACGAUGGGCGGCAGGUGGUGAUUGAGAAUCUUCGGCAGCUGUGUGUGUGGCGCGUGGCGAAUGAGACGGGCGUGCCGUGGCUGUGGUGGGAGUAUGCUGCUGACCUCAGGAAGCGGUGCCGCAUGCAGGAGAAGAAUUAUAAUCAAGAGUGUGCGGAGACCGUGAUGACUGGACUGGGGGUUGACGCCAAGAAGGUGCGCGCAUGCAUGGGCGAGCCCAACAGAAACGCCGACAACCCCGUGCUCUCUGCAGAGCAGGACGCCCAGGUGGGAACGCGUGGGAGGAGCGAUGUUACAAUGUUACCAACCAUUGUGAUCAAUAACGUGCAGUACAGAGGCAAGUUGGAGGCCAAGGCGGUGCUCAAGGCCAUUUGCGCGGGGUUUGAGGAGUCCACAGAGCCGCCCAUCUGCCUUGGCGCUGAGGUGCAGACCAACGAGUGCCUGAGCAACAAUGGCGGCUGCUGGCAGGGGCACAACCUCACUGCGUGCCGUGACACGUUCAGAGGCCGUGUGUGCGAGUGCCCCAAGGACCCUGCCACAGGCGUGUAUCUGACGGGGGAUGGCUACACCAAGUGCGAGCCGGCUGGUGUGGGCCGGUGCCUGGUGGGCAACGGCGGCUGCUGGCAGUCCCAGCACGAGGGGAAGACAUACACCGCUUGCCAUGACAGCAGCAUUUCUUCUGGUACUUCGUGUGUGUGUCCUCCUGGUUUCAUUGGCAACGGCCACCACUGCAACGACAUCGACGAGUGUGCCCCCUCCCACCCGGCCUGCAAGUGCCCCGAGUGCAAGUGCCGCAACACCUUUGGGUCGUACGAGUGCUCGUGCGUGGGCGAAAAUAUGGUGUAUAUCGACCAACUCGAGGCGUGCAUCACCAGGGUAUCUGAGAGCUCGGCUCCUCCUCGCACCCUCUGGGGCGGAGUAGUGGGCAUUGUGCUCGCCUUCGUCGUCGUUUUUGCAGGGCUUGGAUAUCUACUGUACCAGUAUCACCUUCGUACACAUGUUGAUUCUGAGAUCCGGGCAAUCAUGGCGCAGUACAUGCCAUUGGACGAAGCCGACGAAGUUCCGACAGAUGUCAUCGGCCAGAGGCUUGUGCGCAUGCAAGAUGCCAACAACUAAGCUGGUGUUUGAAGAAAUUAUGCCAUGGAUGUUCAAUUUCUGGAGCACGAGCCAAGAAAUGCGUUUGCCAAGACGCAUUUUUAGUACCUAAUGUUUGUUACCCAUUGUAAGUUAGUGAGCUGAGAUAUUUUUGUAGUAUUUUAUGUCUAUGCUCUCAUAGCUGUAACACCACAUCGGCGACU